UUUCAAACGCCCAGGGCCGGCUAAUGCGCUGCGUUACGAAGUCCAGGCGAUCAGAGUUCCGGAAGGGAGAGAUGGGGGAGCAGCCCCCGCCACCCCCCAACACACUGAGUUUGCUUUCCAGCCAGCCCCUACCUAGAUCAGGAGGGACCGGCCGGGGCCGGGAGAGCUCAACGUUGCUGGGGGAGGCUUCCCGGGGCGUGGGGAGGGCUGCACGCCCAGCUCUGCUGCAGGGAUGGAGAGCCGAGUCCACUCCGCGCGUUUGACAAGCACCCCAUGUGCAGGUGGGGGUCCCCGCCCUGCGAACCUGCUUCUGCCCUCUGCCCCCAAGGAAGUGCUCUGUUGGUCUCCGGCCAGCCCUAACAGACUGUCUGAGUUCUUCCUGAAGUGCCAGCCUGCAGCCCUCCUCAUGCCUCCGUCUCCUUUAGACGACAGGGUAGUGGUGGCACUGUCUCGGCCGGUCCGCCCGCAGGACCUCAAGCUCUGCCUAGACUCCGUCUACCUGGGCCCCGGUGCCCCGGGUGGUCCCGGCCAGGCCCCGGUCCUCGCCACCACCGUCGUGUCCCUCCAGACGGCCCAGCGCUCGUAUAUGCCCUCAUCCAGUGGUUCUGCCCGCUCCCUGAAUUGCAGCUGCAGCUCGGCCAGCUGCUGCACUGUGGCCACCUACGACAAGGACAAUCAGGCUGCAGCCCUCUCGUCCUCUGGUGCCCCCGCCCUUGGCAGCCCCAGCCCAGGCCCAGCCCACCAGAUGGUCAGCAGCACUGAGAAUGCAGGCUCCCUAAGUCCGGGGGGCAGCCCUCUGUCGGGGCCCCCUAAAUCGCUGGCCAGCAUCAAAAUCAUCUACCCCAAUGAGCUGGCCAAAAAGAUGACCAAAGGCGGUGGCAGUGGCAGGAGCACGCUGGCAGGCCAGGGCCCCGUCAUCAUUGACUGCAGGCCCUUCAUGGAGUACAAUAAGAGCCACAUCCAGGGCGCUGUGCACAUCAACUGUGCAGACAAGAUCAGCCGGCGGCGCCUGCAGCAGGGUAAGAUCACCGUGCUGGACUUGAUCUCCUGCCGGGAGGGCAAGGACUCCUUCAAGAGGAUCUUCUCCAAAGAAAUCAUUGUCUAUGACGAGAACACCAACGAGCCCAGCCGGGUCAUGCCCUCACAGCCUCUGCACAUUGUGCUGGAGUCCCUGAAGAGGGAAGGCAAGGAGCCCCUGGUGUUGAAAGGUGGACUUAGCAGCUUUAAGCAGAACCAUGAAAACCUCUGUGACAACUCCCUCCAGCUGCAGGAGUGCAGGGAGGCGGGCGCCACAUCUGCAGCCUCGGGAUUGCUACCUCAAUCCAUCCCCACCACGCCGGACAUUGAGAAUGCGGAGCUGACCCCCAUCCUGCCCUUCCUCUUCCUGGGCAACGAGCAAGAUGCCCAGGACCUGGACAGCCUGCAGAGGCUCAACAUUGGCUAUGUCAUCAACGUCACCACGCACCUGCCCCUCUACCACUAUGAGAAAGGCCUCUUCAACUACAAGCGGCUGCCCGCCACCGACAGCAACAAACAGAACCUGCGGCAGUACUUCGAAGAGGCUUUUGAGUUCAUCGAGGAAGCUCACCAGUGUGGGAAAGGACUCCUCAUCCACUGCCAGGCCGGCGUGUCCCGCUCGGCCACCAUCGUCAUCGCCUACUUGAUGAAACACACCCGGAUGACCAUGACUGAUGCUUACAAAUUUGUCAAAGGCAAGCGACCAAUUAUUUCGCCCAACCUCAACUUCAUGGGGCAGUUGCUGGAGUUUGAGGAAGAUCUGAACAAUGGUGUGACCCCGAGGAUCCUAACACCAAAGCUGAUGGGUGUGGAGACGGUGGUGUGACAGGCUCUGUGUGGCCAGGGGGCCGCUCUCCAGGGAGGACAAGUCAGGAGACAGGACUCUGCUUCCUUCCUUUUCUUUUUUCAGAUGGUGGUAACUAAUGUUUGUGAAUGGAGACAAACUUUUGCUCAGCUCCUAUUUCUUUUUGUUUGCUGCUUCUUCUUCUUCUUUUUCUUCUUCUUCUUCUUCUUCUUCUUCUUCUUCUUCUUCUUCUUCUUCUUCUCCUUCUCCUUCUCCUUCUCCUUCUCCUUCUCCUUCUCCUUCUCCUUCUCCUUCUCCUUCUCCUUCUUCUUCUUCUUCUUCUUCUUCUUCUUCUUCUUCUUUUUUAGCCGACACAGAAAAAUAUAAGGUGACAGGUUCCUUCCCCUCUUUUCCUUUUAAGCUGUUUGUAGAGCUGAUGAUGCAAAUAGUCUGUGCAGGUUCAUAGACCGAAGACGAUACAGUUUAAACCAAUUCAAAAGAGCCAAGCAGCAGAGACUUGAUGGUGGAAGCCCGGGCCUACUCGGGACCCAAAUGGGUGAGCAAAGCCCAGACCAGCAGAGGGGGCCGUGAGGGGUCCGAGGAGGAGAAGGCCAGGGCCACUGCAGUGAUCUGGGAGCCCUUCCCAACUUCCCACCCUCUAAAGUGACAGAGAAUACUGUUGAUUUUGUGUGUUUUGAGCUCCUCCCCACCCCUAACCCUGGGUGUAAGAGUUUUUUUUGUUUUGUUUUGUUUU